AAUGGGCCCUGUAACACAACUGAUAGUCCUCAUCCUUACCCACUGCUUCUCGGGGGUCAUAAGUCUUGUGGGUGAAAUGCCAAUGUUUGACUACAUGUGUGCAGAGGAAGGGGUGUACCCACGGUACAACCCCUGGGACUGUGGGGCGUAUAUCCUGUGUAACACUGGUAGAGCCUAUCCAUUCCAGUGUCCCCCCGGGACGGUGUAUAGCAGGGCGAAUGGCCUGUGUGAUUGGCCCCACAAGGUGGACUUGAGACAAUGCUCCAACAAUCCUCUGGGUCGAUUCGAUCACAUGUGUAAAUGGAAUCCAGGUGCAAAACUACCAAGUCAGCUGAGCUGUUCCCAGUAUUUCGACUGUUCCCAGUCCACCAGCAGCGUCGAGUACGUUAAAUACGUCAUGGAGUGUCCGUACCCGCAGCUAUUCUCGGAUGUCCAUGGAAGAUGUUUGCACUUCAAGUUAGUUCAAUGUGGCAAGAGGCCCAUGCCCGUGGCUCCAUGCGACUAUAUCCAGUACCAGCAGAUGUGCCCUGAUCCCCGGACAUGCAUCCCCUGCCACCAACGUCACCCUAGCUGCUCCGGCCUCAUCGACGGCUACCACCCCGUCAUAUCCUCACGGAACCACUACAUGUACUGUGACUCAGGUCGGACGCUGAGUAUAGGGCAAUGUCCAGCUCGCCAAAUCUACUCCAGGGCAUCUGGGCGAUGUUCUGCAGGAAUCCAGUGA